AUGAGAUCUCUGUGGCUGCUCAGAACCCCCUUCAUAUGUGGCCUGCUCUGGGCUUUUUGUGCUCUAGGUACUAGGGCUGAGGAGCCAGGGGCAAACUUCUCCCAUCCCAACAGCAUGGGCCUGGAUAAGAACACAGUGCAUGACCAAGAGCAUAUCAUGGAGUAUCUAGAAGGUUUCAUCAACAAACCGGAGGUAGAGAUGUUCCCACAGGCACUGCAGCUCCAUUAUUUCAAACUGCAUGAUUAUGACAGCAAUAAUUUGCUUGACAGCCUAGAACUUUCCACAGUCAUUGCUGGCAUCCAUAAGGAGGAAAAGGAACAGGCACCACCAAUGAGUGAAGCUGGACUGAUUAACUUAAUAGAUGGUGUUUUGAGAGAGGAUGACAAGAACAGUGAUGAAUGUAUUGACUGUGCUGAAUUUGCCAAAUCACUGAAAUAGACCU